GAUUCAUGCUGUUUUAGUGAUGAUUAUGUGAUGAAUAUAAACAAAUAUACAAUGACCAAGCACUAUAAAAUUUCCAGUUUUGUGUGGAAAAAAAGUCCGUUGGAAGAUGAGGAGGAAAAAGAAGAAGAAGAAGACAUGGGAGGACCCAAAAGGGAAACUUGUAUCGACAUUCCCAGGGUGGAAAAUUAUGCCUUGACCAAUCUUCUAGAAAAGACACCAAUUAUUGAUAAGAAAGUCAAAAGGCACAGCAUCCACGGCAUGAUGGAGGAGGAGAACGUUAUAAGACCGCAUCAAGAAAUUGCGCAACUUACUUUAGACGAAAAAAAGUUCCUUUUAGCUGUAGAAAGGGGCGAUGUUGCAUCAACCAGAAGAAUGCUUCAGCGAGCUGACGACACGAACUACAUCAACAUAAACUGCGUGGAUCCGCUAGGUAGAAGCGCCCUUUUAAUGGCAAUCGACAACGAAAACUUGGAAAUGGUUGAAUUGUUGAUCGAAUACAGAGUGGAAACUAAAGAUGCACUUUUGCACGCUAUUUCUGAAGAGUUUGUUGAAGCUGUGGAAGUUUUACUGGAUCACGAGGAAACUAUACACAAAAAGGGCGAACCACACAGUUGGGAAGCUCUACCUCCGGAUACUGCCACAUUCACUCCCGACAUCACUCCUUUAAUUUUAGCAGCGCACCGAGAUAAUUACGAAAUUAUUAAAAUACUUUUAGAUCGGGGAGCCACUUUACCUAUGCCUCACGAUGUAAGAUGCGGUUGCGACGAAUGCGUCACGUCCAGGAUGGAGGACUCCUUAAGGCAUUCCCGGUCCAGGAUUAACGCUUAUAGAGCUUUAGCUUCGCCAUCUUUAAUUGCUUUGUCUUCUAAGGAUCCGAUUUUGACUGCUUUCGAACUUUCGUGGGAAUUGAGACGUUUGAGUUUCAUGGAGCACGAGUUCCGGGGCGAAUACCAGGAGCUGCGCAAACAAUGUCAGGAUUUCGCGACGGCCCUAUUGGACCACACGCGAAGCUCCUACGAGCUGGAGGUACUUUUGAAUCACGAUCCUACCGGACCGGCUUUCAAUCACGGCGAUCGGAUGCACCUCAAUCGGCUCAAGUUGGCGAUAAAACUUAGACAGAAAAAGUUUGUAGCCCACUCAAACGUCCAGCAACUGUUGGCUUCGAUUUGGUACGAAGGCCUUCCAGGAUUCCGUCGGAAAAAUAUGCUACUCCAAGCUUUCGAAAUUGUCAGAAUAGGCAUUCUAUUUCCGUUUUUCUCCAUAGUUUACAUAAUGGCCCCUCACUCUGUCAUCGGACAAACUAUGAGAAAACCUUUUAUUAAAUUUAUUUGCCAUUCAGCCAGCUAUUUCACGUUUUUAUUCAUGUUAAUUCUGGCUUCGCAACGUCAACUCUUUUUCAACGGCGGCGACGAGGAAAUUAUAAUUCAACGAGGCUCCAAGCCUUCUCUGGUAGAAUGGAUCAUCCUUUCAUACGUAAGUGGUUUAAUCUGGAGCGAAAUCAAACAGCUCUGGGACGUAGGCCUGGAGGAAUAUGUGCGAGAUAUGUGGAAUGUUAUCGAUUUUAUUACGAAUUCGUUAUACGUUGCCACAGUGGCCUUAAGGGUUGUCUCCUAUUACGAGGUGAUGCAAAAUCCCGAAGUCAUAGCGAGAAAGGAUUGGGACGCUUGGGAUCCCAUGUUGAUAUCCGAAGGUUUGUUUUCUGCCGCAAAUAUUUUCAGUUCCCUAAAGCUAGUCUACAUCUUCUCAGUCAACCCACAUUUGGGCCCUCUUCAAGUAUCCCUAUCCAGAAUGGUGAUGGACAUUAUGAAAUUCUUUUUUUUGUACGUCCUGGUGCUUUUUGCGUUCUCUUGCGGCCUAAAUCAGCUCCUUUGGUAUUAUGCCGAUGCGGAAAAGAAAAGGUGCAAAGAUCCGGAUGACGCUUCGUCAGGUUCCAAUUUAGCCGACAGCGAUUCUAAUGCUUGUACUAUUUGGAGACGAUUUUCCAAUUUAUUCGAAACAGUUCAAACAUUGUUCUGGGCAGUAUUCGGCCUAAUCGACCUGGACAGCUUUGACUUAAACGAAAUCAAAAUCUUCACAAGAUUCUGGGGGAUGCUGAUGUUUGGUACUUAUUCGGUGAUCAAUAUCGUGGUACUUCUAAAUUUAUUGAUAGCUAUGAUGAAUCACUCUUAUCAGUUGAUAUCGGAACGUGCUGACACCGAAUGGAAGUUCGCCAGGAGUAAGUUGUGGAUCAGUUAUUUUGAGGAAGGCGGUACCGUGCCGCCCCCGUUUAACAUUAUUCCAACGAUGAAAAGUGGCUGGUAUGUUAUUCAAUGGCUGAAGAGAAAAUUGUGUGGUUCUAGGGCUGCGAAAAAGGAACAUAUGAGAACUAUAAGGAGGAAGGUCAAACAAGCAAGUGAAAGAGAUUUUAGAUAUCAGAGUAUAAUGAGAAACCUUGUCAGAAGAUAUGUAACAGUAGAACAACGAAAAGCCGAAAACCAAGGCGUAACCGAAGACGACGUAAACGAAAUCAAACAAGACAUUUCAGCAUUUCGCUUCGAACUAAUAGAAAUUCUAAAAAAUUCCGGCAUGAACACUAGCACAGCCCAUAGUGGAUUGGGUACAGGAGGCAAAAAGAACCGUCAAAAAGAACGUCGACUGAUGAAAGGCUUUAACAUAGCCCCACAACCUUCGACGGCCUCCUCGGGACUACCUCCUGUAGCUGAAUUUAUAGCUUCGCUGCAAGGCCACCACCACGAAAGCCACCACCACGACUUUUUCGGCUCCACUUUAUCAGGAAUUUUCAAUUCAACUCCACGUAAAUUAACGCAGCACAGCAGCACAGUUUCUUCGAGUCAAGGAAGCAUUAAUGAGGGACACGGACAUCAUCAUCAUAGAGGAUUUGGAAGGUUGCAUAUGAAGCGAAGCCAUUCCCACAAACGCCGCUGGAAUACUUUAAUCGAAGCAGCCAAAAGUGGUAAAGUGUCCAGACUAAUCGGAAGAUCCAGAUCUGAGGACUCAGUUUGCAACAAUUGCAGAGAAAACGGCCACAAUCACAGCCACAGCAACAGCCCUGCUUCCGAUGAAAACAAUUCAAUGAGCGGUUCGGGUUCCAGCAUCGAAAACACGAGCAGAGACCACGAACCCGAACUGCACGGGCUCGCUCACGGGUUGGCCCUCCUGAAGAAAAAACGCAAAAAAUUUUCAGCGUCCCGUAACACCAGCCCUGUUGUAGUACCAAGUGAAAACAUUACAAAGAAAUUUUGCUCUACGAAAAAAAUCCCUCAGGUGCUGAAGCGAGCUUCCAGUGUACCGACGCGGGUUCCCGAAGUUGGCACGGUUUCCAGGCACGAAAAAACCCAAUCGCAACAAGAUUCCAUUGAAGUACCACCGGUAGCUCGACCAGUACUCACUCCAUCAACAACUGAAAGCGUCGUAACGAACAUCCCUAGUCUUCCAGGGGAAAACGGUUCUUCCAGAGAGCCUUUGCUCUACACUUCGUCGUCUAGCAAUCCGGCAACGGGUUCCACUCAGACACCAGAUGAGGAAUUUAGGAGCAAUCAGGCCAUCUUACCGAAACUGCCAGGCAUUAUACCGCUUAGUGGACAUAAUAACGCUGGAUGGCUCUAGCAAAUAUUAGAAUAGUUUUUUUUUCUGAUCGAUAAUACCAUCACCAUCCAUUAUAAUAGGUAUAUGCUUUAUUUAUUAUUGUAGAUAGAAUUUUUAAAUGAUAUAAUAUGAAAGUUUUAACUUAUAUGAUGGUGUGAACGUAGUAGCAAUUGUGGAAACCUGUGAUGUUAUAUGUGAAGGAUAUUUUUUCUUUGGUUUUGUGAAAUGAAGUCUGAAUUUCAGUUGUUUCUCACUCUAUGCUGUAGUUUUGAAGAAGUUGAUGCGAUAAAUUAUUAGUCUUCUACAGAAUGAAACAAAUCUGACUCAUAAUUAAUGGAGUAGUGGAUUUAGAUAAGAUGUAUUUAAUUUCUCUAAAUGCAAUCAAGAGCCAGGAAAAGUUAAAAUUUUCAUUAUUAUCGGCUCUUGAUUCUUAAAAUAAUGCUUUUCUAAACAUUUGUUGGUCCAAAUUCUCGUUGAUAUGAGCUUCACAAUUUUUUUAAAUGCGAACAAGAACCAGGAAUAGUUCAAAUUCAUAUGAUUAUCGCUUCUAAAUUAAUUGGCUGACAUUUCUGAGGUUGAAUGAGGCCCAGGAACAUGUUCCAAUAAGCAUUGAACAAUAAAAAUCAUCAAUAGGAACAGAUAGAUUGAUUAUUACCGACUCUUGAUUUAUUGAAUAAUACUUUCGCAAACAUCCAAUAGUCCAAAUUUUUGAUGAAUAGAACAGAAACAGAAUAUUAUUUCUUUUGGAAUGAGUUUCCCAUUACGUUCACAUCAAUUCCUUAGGAAUUUUACAAAUUGUGGAAUUGUAUAAAAAUGGACCAUAAACCGAAUAGCACAGGGUUAAAUUUGAAUGUAUUUUGCCUCUCAAAUAAAAUGUGUGGUCCCAUAUCCUUUUUCGAAUUACAAAAAAUAGUUAAAUUAGUCAUAGAAAUAAAAUAUUAUUGUAGAAUUAUUUAAUACUGACUACUGACUGGAAUAUAGAUGAUUAAUAUGUAAGUUUCUGUUAUAGUUAACAUCUAGAUUUGAAAAUAUUACUUUUGUUUUCUCAUUUUGCAAACCUAAACUAACAAUAUAAGGACUUAAAUAUAACUCGGUCAGUAAUCAAAUUUAAAAUACAAAUACUUAGGUGUUCAUGUGCUAUAGAGUUAAUUAUAAGAUUUUAAAUGACAUCAUUUUUAGAAAGAAAAAUUGUAAAUAAUUUUAAAAAGAAAUCGAGGCCUUCAAUAACGAAUAUACAUAAAUCUUUUUCGUUUUUCAAAGGCUAUGAAAUCUAGUAUAAUAUCGCAACAACAUAAUGGUGCCUUUGUUAUCGUUUAAUUUAGAAUUUUUACAAGAUAUCCGCCAUGAGUACCCGAAAAUUCUAGUAUUGUCUAUUUAUAAUUGUAACAAAAUAUUAAGUGUCCAUAUAGCCUGAUAAAAGACAAAACGAAUAUCAUAUACUUAUUAUAUUUAAAAGAAAAUUUACGCACAGAAUUCUUAUCUAAUGAGUAAACUUUCAUUAGUUCUUGACUAUGUGGUGGCUUCAAGAAUUGCUAGUAUUUAAAACACAAAAUCAUAAGUUUGCAGGCCUCAGUGGCGGAUACAGUGGGGGGGGGGCAUUGUGCUCUUCAAGAAUAUGGAAUGGAAUAUAGGGCAUCCCAUUUGAAAAAAGCUGGAAGCAUGCAAAAUAUCACAUUUCUGACAUUCAAUAUAUAAAAAAACACCCUGUACAAAUAAGUGGAUUAUUGCGGAACUUAUGGGUGGACCUCUGCGGGACGAGCGCAGCGAGUUCCGCAGCCAUCUACUCACCAAUAUACUGUUAAACUGUUCAAAUAAGGCACCUGAAACGUGUGGUUUUUAAACUAAUGAGAGAAAUUUUCAACUGAGUGAAUCAGGUUGAACAAAAUAUUGGUGAAUAGAUGGCUGGGUCCACCCAUAAGUUCCGCAACAAUCCGCUCGUUUGUACUUAAAUAACUUAUCACAAUAUAUUACUAGUUUGGUAAAGUAACAUUACUUAUUCCUGUUGUGAGGCAAAUUGACAAAAAGUGGAUAAUUUUACAAAUUCUGACUUUAUAUAAUAAGUUAUUGUUCAAGUACAAAUAAGUGGAUUGUUGCGGAACUGAUGGGUGGACCUCUGCGGGACGAGCGCAGCGAGUUCCGCAGCCAUCUAAUCACCAAUAUACUGUUGAACUGUUGAAGUAAGACAUUCACCUGAAACGUGUAAUUUUUAAACUAAUGAGAAAAACGCACAUUUGAGUGAGUAAGUAUCGUAAUUAAACAACAUAUUAUUAAAUAGAUGGCUGCGGAACAGAGCUGGGAUCGUUACUUGAAAAAAAUAACGCGUUACUUUACAGUUACUUCUGCCUAAAAAUAACUCGUUACUUAAAAUUUACAGUUACUUUUGAAUGAUGAUAACGUUAUUUUCGUUACUUAUUGGAAAGUAACGCGUUAUUAUAACUUCUUCACUUUGAAAGUAAUUUCUUUACUUUAGGAGUAGUUCGUUACUUAAAAGUAACUUGUUAUUUGAAAGUAAUCCGUUACCUCAACGCGUUAGUUUGAAAUAAAGCGCUACUUUUGAAUUAAGCGUUACUUUUAAUGUAACGCGUUACUCCAAAAAUAACUAUUUACGUCGAAAAUUGCGUUAUUACUUAAUUUGACUCACCAACACAGCCGUCCAAACAAUCAAAUAAGACCUAUACGAAAUGCCAAUAUGUUUCCAGUUUGUGAGUCCGACUAUGUGGAAGAGUUUUGUUGCAAAAUUAAAAUGAUUAUUUUGAGCUUUCAAAACAAGUUUUCUGUAGGUACUACCCACAUUUUAUUUGACAUACAAAGUUUUUGGAUUACUUAUUUUCCUUUUCCUCAAUCGUUAAUUAUUUGUAAAGAAGAUGAUAAACAAAUUGAGAGAACGCGGGUACUUUCAUAGUAACUAGUAACGCGUUAUUUCCAUAUAAACGCGUUAUUUUCAUAGUAAUGCGCUACUUUCAUAGUAACUCGUUACUUCAACAAAAUAACGAUCUGCAGUUACUUCAGGAAAGUAACGUCGUUACAAUUACUUAUCAAUCAAUCUGAAAAGUAACGAGCUUACCAAGUAACGCGUUACUUUUAGUAACUCGUUAAAGUAAAGUAACUAUUUUUUGUUGCUACUCUCAGCUCUGCUGCGGAACUCGCUGCGCUCGUCCCGCAGAGAUCCACCCAUAAGUUCCGCAACAAUCCACACGUUUAUACUUGAAUAAUUUGUCACAUUAUGUUACUAGUUUGAUAAAGUAACAUUACUAAUUUUUGUUAAAAGGCAAAUUGACAAAAAGUGCAAACAAACAGUUUACCCCAUUCGGUUUCAAGCGUUCGAGUGUAAAAGACAUGGAGUAUGACAGGUGUGAAGUGUUUUAGGAGCUUCGCACUUUGCACCCGAAAGCGGUUCAGGCUGAAAAUCGCCUCAACUGUCUGUAAAUACAAUGUUAAGGUCACAAGAGCCUCUGACACUUUGUAAACUGUCAGAAAGAAUCGCUUAACUUGAACCGAGGCUUGAACCAUUGAGGCUUGAACCUUCUACUGCAUUGAAAGCGGUUAUUAUGUGGUGUUUCCGUAUUUAGUGCCAUAUUGUGACAUUUGUGUUUUUAAUAGUUCAUCAGGAUUCACAAAAGCGCAAUCUGACAAUCUUUCCUCUACACAGUGUGUAAAAAAUCCCGGAACAGUCAAUUAUUUUGAAAAUGGUGCACAAUAUAAAAAAACUUCCUGUAUAAAAGUUGAAGGUCUUAAUAAAAUUUAUUGAAGUAAGACUUCUGUAUUUAUACAGGGUGAUCCAAAAAGUUGUGCUACACAAAAUUUCAUUUUUUUUUUAAUGGAGUGACCCGUAGAGUGCAAAGCCAAAUGAACUCAGCGACUAAAGUUGGUAGAUUUUUAGCGAUGUGUCAUCUGUCAAUUGUCAAACUGAUUAAAACUAGCAUUAUAACCCAAGUAGCACAUAAUAUUGGGUAAACAUCGUUUUUCAGUUGGGCCAAUAUUUAUUCAUUUUUGUUGCUAAAUCAACACAAUACCAAUA